AUGCUGAGCCCCGCUUUAGUCUUUGCUGAUCUUUCUGCGGACAACAUUUUCCCAGUGACUCUCAAAGCCCAUUCACGCUAUCUGUGGCUCAGGAACACAUCCUUCAAACAAGCUUACAUCACAGAAUUCAUAAUUUGCUUCCACAUAACUAGAAGAUUAUUUACAACAAUAGAUCAUGUAGCCUCGGAAGUGCCUAUCCUUGUUGAUGCUUUGAAACAUACCAAUAGGGACAAGAUCCCCAAAUCUCUGAAUCUCAUGGAUGACUGCAUCUGUCACCCGGACCUGGAGGCGUGGCUCAGCCAGCAACGCACCGUGCAGGAGGCCCAAGCCAUGCUCCACUGCCUCCGCGUGGGAAUAUCUGCCCCCACUGUGUUUUUUGUGGACUAUGCUUCCAAUUGCUUAUACAUGGAAGAAAUCGAAGGCUCAGUGACUGUUAGAGAUUAUAUUCAAUCCAUUAUGGAGACUGAAAAAACUCCCCAAAGUCUCUUUGUUUUAGCCCAGACUAUUGGGCAGGUUUGGGCACGAAUGCAUGAUGAAGAUCUCAUUCACGGUGACCUCACAACUUCAAACAUGUUCCUGAAACUGCUCCUGGACCAGCUGAAGAUUACACUCAUUGACUUCGGGCUGAGCUUUGUUUCAGCACUUCCAGAGGACAAGGGGGUUGACCUCUAUGUGCUGGAGAAAGCCUUCCUCAGCACUCAUCCCAACACCGAGACUGUGUUUAAAGCCAUUCUGAAGAGUUAUUCUGCUGCUUCCAAAAAGGUCAACCCUGUGCUAAAAAAUUAG